CCCGGACCACGCCCGCGCCUUGAGUUGAGUAUGGUUAUGGCACUUCUCUGUUGGGCUGGUGGUGGGUGUAUGUCGUCUAGGCUGACUUUUGACUUUCGCCCCCGUUCUGCAGACUUGCUUUUGGCAGAGUUCGAGGGUUUCCAAUUGGGGAGCGAGCCCACCGCCCGUCUGCGGAAUAACGUGGCCUCCAAACUGGCGAGGGUCAAGGCCUUCCUAGGCUUCAUGGCGACAGGCCACGCGGACCCAGAAACCUUGUCCUUCCUCAACCAACCGGCGCGCAUCCGAGCCUGGUCUGCCCUGCUAGGCCAAACGGGCAUGGCCGAGCCCACGAGGCAGCACUACCUGAAGAACGUGGCGCAGUUCCUGGAUUAUCUCUCCGAAACCCCGCCGGCCUCCUGCCGCCUCUCCAGUACCACCCUGGUGCUGAUUCGCAGGGAGCUUCGAGCUCUCAUUCGCGGCAUACGCCGCCGCGUCGUGGUGCACGAGGUUAGGACCAAGCAAGCCAAAGAAGGCAGACUCAUCUCCAAAGCCACCCUGCUACGCUGCCAUCGGACGGCUGGGAGAAAAAUACCUGCCCUUCUAGACGGCCUCGAGUCCAGCCCAGACACCAGGCAGCAGUGGCGCUUCUAUGGCUACCUGACCGGCUACCUGACCUGCAUCACGGGCCAUCGCUGUGGGGUCUUCCAGAACCUGACCAUCCAGGAGGUCCAAGAGGCUUCCAGAAGCCCGGACGAGUCCGCCUAUGUCAUAAACAUCACCACGCACAAGACAAACCGAGCCUUCGGCGCGGCUCAGCUGUCUCUCAACAAGGAAGAAUACAGCUGGUUCCGGAGGUUUUUGCAGCUGCGGGCUAGCCUCCCCGGGGGGAGCCAGGCCUCCUAUUUUUUUUUUACUUCCAGACCCAGUCCCUGUCGAACCCUGAACAAAUAUUUUCAAUCUGCAUGGACCAGCAUGGGGCUUCCCGGCAAGCCCACCUUCACUGACGUCCGAACUGCCAUCGCGACCCACGCAAAGAAUUCACAUUCUUCCGAGGAUCGCAGGAAGGUGGCCCAAUUCAUGUGCCACGAUACCUCAACCUCAGACAAGUUCUACGCGCUUCACCUAGGCCCUCUCCAAGCACGUGAGCACCGCAGACUCUUCGAGAGGGCCUUGGUGGAGGAGGAGGAGGAGGAGGAGGAGGAGGAGGCAGCGGGCAGAGAACGCCACUCAAGGAAGGGGCGCCAGAGGGCAGAGAGUCCCGGGUCACCCAUGGAGGGAACUAGCAGGAGGACGCUGCCAUGGCCGCCUUCGAAGGGGAAACGCCCCCUCGAAGCAACAGAAGACUCUGAAUCUUCCUAAAUAAAAUUGAACAAUAAAGGUCA